AUGACGACGACAGUGGUGUGUCACGUGCCGUCGUCGUCCAUCGUGGGGAGCGCUUUGGGAGGGAAAUCCUCGCUCGUGGUGACCGCAGAAAACGACGGCGUCUUGUUGCAUAAAACAUCAUCUUUGUCUUCUUUGAAAGACGUAAACGACGACGACGAAAAGGUGAAUACUUUUUUCCGCUCGUGGAGAGCGUCCCGAGACGAGAACGUGAAAUUCGCGCACCCGUGCGUGUACGAUGGGAUCACGAGGACGUAUUUUGGAUGCACGACGACAAAGACGACGACAAAGACGACGACAACGAAGAAGCGAGGAGGAGGCGCACGUGGUCAAGUCACGACGAUUUUGUCCUGGCGAGACGACCGGGAAAACUACCACGCCUCGAUCGACGACGCCGCCGCCGGUGGGAAAACGAGUUUUGAGAAUAAAACGGCGAAGUUUUUUGCGAGCUUUGACGGCGGGUGCGUCGUUGUCGACGGAGAAAAAGGUGAUUUACACGUCGUCGAUAGCGACGGUGCUAUCGUCGGGACCGUAGAGGCGAAAGAUGUCGACGACGAUGAAGAAGAAGAAGAAGAAGAAGAAGAAGAAGAAGAAGAAGAAGAAACAACAACAAGAACGAGAACAAAAAACAAGAAGAGCGAAACAGUUAAGAGGAGUGUCGCGGUCGAAGCGGCGAACGGGAACGCAGAGAGCGACGACGUUAUCGUCGUUUUGGCGUCGAUGAUGGGAGAAGAAGUCGUCAAGAGAGAAGUAUUGAGAUAUAGAGUGAAAGAACUAGACGUGCAAGAAGAUCAAUUAGGAGAGGAAAAUAUCGUCGAUCAAACUCUGCUUUCCGGACGGAAGCUUAUGGAACGCGUUUCCAAGGAGAAAGCGGUGAGAGUUAAUUUGGAUGAAAGCGACGCUAUGGCUGAGAUUAGCACCAUGAAGAGUAGUAAAGUAGUCAAAGUAUCGUUCGAUGAUGAACAUUUUAGUCUUUUGUGGUCGAAUGGCGUUUGGACCUCGCAUGAUCUUGGGGAUGGAACUCUCGUUCGAGAACGCGUUUUCGACGGCUUACAAAUAAAGCGAGAAGAAGAAGAAGAAGAAGAAGAAGCGUCCAGAAAGAAAACGACAAAAAAGAAAGUCGCGGUGACACAAGAAAGCGAUGGAUUAUUGUUUGACUAUAUUAGCAUUGGCGGAGGAUACUAUGCCUUAGCUGCAAAAAUCAAAAGCGAGGGAAAGAACUCUGCUAAUAACAACGUUGCCGUGGCAAUCAUCGAUAAGCUUUACGGCGUCAUUCAUAGCUUCAUUGAAAUACCAGAUUCGGAAACGACGUCGGUAGUUUCUUUAACUGCGUUUGGUGGCGACCUGUACGUCUCUUUGAGCGAUAGAAUAUACUCCGUGAGUUUAGAACUCGAGGAGCUUUGUCUGCGGGAGUGUAUGGCGGCGUUACAAAAAGAUGUUUUUGGAAAAGCGAGAAAUAAGAAAGCGGAAGCGGCAGAACGAGCUUUUAGUACGAGCGGGUUUGAAGCUGCGACUAAACCGCAAUGCAAAGCAAUCACCGUACCGAUUUGGAAAGAUCUCCCACCAGAGAGGAAUUUUGAAGGCGCUUGCAACGACAUUAACAUGCUUUGGGACCAAGACAAAAUGCGGAAACAAGAAAAAGUGGCGGAAGAUUUCAUCGCCACGUUAGAAUCUGGAACUGAAAAGCAAAUGCUGAGAAGUUUGGAGAUUUUCGCGAAUAAACACGUGAAAGAGGCCAUAAAAUGGAUCGAUGAGAACGAGCAGAAAACUAAAGAAGCUUUACGAGUGAAAAGGACAGGACAAGGUGGCGGUGCCUCUGCUGCUGCUUCGUCUAAGAAGACUAAGAAACUUGAAGGGAACGGAGAUUCUGGCGGUUCUGAUUACGACGAUACGGACGAUUACGACUCUGACAAUAGCGAAGAGAAAGUAGAUAAAAUUAAAAACGCCGUGUAUUACGGUAUGAACGAUCCAACAUCAAACAAUAUUCGCACAGGCGCUGUCAUCGCGCCGCACUGCGUAGACGCUGCCAUCAAAGCGGCUUGGACUUUGAAGAAAUGGGAUUAUUUAUCUGAGGCUUUUUCCAGAGGUUUACUCUUAGGCGGCGCCAUGAGCAGUAUAGGUCUCAUUGAAAAGCUUUUAGAAGACGAUAGAUUGAUUGAUGCUGUCAACGUCUGCAUCUUUGCUUGGUGGGUGAAUCCAGAAGAUUUGCGACGCAUCGUAGAUGCGUGCAUGAGUGCGAAGAAAAAUAAUACAUCUUCGCCCGUUCUCAAUUUCCACACGUUGCACGAUAAAAAUAGAAAGUCUGCAUUCAGAAAGGUCAAGUUGUGUGAGAAACUCGCUCGAGACAAAAGGGACGGACCUAAGAAAAAAGGCACGUCAAAGCAGCAACAGUUUUACGAAGAACUCGAGCUGCGCGCGGCUUUGGACGAUUGUAGAAUUUGGACGUUUGCGGUGGAGAAUUUCGGAGCCUGGGCGCAGCCCAUGCACACGAUCGUUGCUCGAUCGAUGUUCCAUCGCGAAGACUCUUCGAUGACGCUGAAAAAUUUAUCCAACGAAGAUGCGGUAGAAUUUCUAUCCUUCCUUGUCGAUUGGGUAGAAUUUCACGUGAUAACGCUCAAGGGUGAAUUCAAUGCUAAGAAAGACUCGGCGGACGAAGAGAACGCCGACGACGCCAAAAACGACGAAGAGAGCUCUAGAUUGGACCCUGACGACGAAGUUAAUUUUGACUUUGCGAAGAAGUACAAAGGUACAUUCCCGUCGUUAGAACAAUCCAUUGAGUGGUCUUCGGCGUUAUUGGACGUCCGAUUACCGGCGUUCUCAGGAAAUGCUCGCGCGAUUGAAAAGAUGGAACGAUUGAGAGAACUUGCGACGAGGCAAUUCGAGACAAACGCGUCCAUAGCAAAUCUUAGCGGUGCUUUAGAACACGUGAGAAUUGGAGCGGAUAUUCCAGAAGGAUUAGGGGUAACGAGCGCGACAUAUACUAUCGAGAAAGUAAACUGGUAG